CACAUACAAUUCAGUGUGAGCAUGCAAAUCCAAAGUUUUUCAAAUACAUGCAAAGAAAACUGUUCUUCCAUCUUGUUUGUUGUGUGAAGAGAUAUUUUGAUUGAAUAUAUAAAUGAGCCAGACGCCUUCAUUCAGCAGUACAUCUUACAUUACAUUAGAGCACAUUAGCAUCAUUACAACUUAAAAUAAGCUGUGCACAUACAGGGUAAAAGCAUCAGUCACUGAGUGUAUGGAAGGCUUGUAUCUCAGUCCGUAAUAUAGCAAUGGACAUCACAAACCAAAAAUAAAGUGGCUGCUGUGCCUCUAUGCAGGCAGAUGGAGGUGGUCAGAAGGAGGGUGGAGAGAUACCGUCCAGUGGUCCAACAAGCAUCUAAUGUCCCGAAUGUCCUUAUUAGUCCACGUGGGACUGCAGACCUGCAGCAUGGUCCCUUAGAUAUCAGGUUUACUUAAUUCCAAGACUCCUGGGUCUAUUUCUGAUCUCCUGUAAGGUGAUACGAUGUACCGCCAUUCUGUCUCCUCCACUUUAGCCAUCAGUUCAUCCUUAACCAUCCUUUCUCACUCCCUCCCUCUCUUUUUUAUCCCCAUCCAAACUUGAGGCUGCGGCUAAAGUUAGAUUGGCCGGCGGAGGGGUAUAUAAGCCCCCGGGGAUGUACGUAUAACGCGGCUUCACACUAUCUUUCCUUCUUGAUCAGCCAAACCUCCACUGAUACCGUCUCAAGAUGUCACCAAAGAAGGCCAAGAGGAGGGCAGCAGCAGGAGAUAGCGGCUCCUCCAACGUGUUCUCCAUGUUUGAGCAGAGCCAGAUUCAGGAGUACAAAGAGGCUUUCACAAUCAUUGACCAGAACAGAGAUGGUAUCAUCAGCAAAGAUGACCUGAGGGACGUGCUGGCUUCAUUGGGCCAGCUUAACGUGAAGAAUGAGGAGCUGGAGGCCAUGAUCAAAGAGGCCAGCGGUCCCAUCAACUUCACCGUCUUCCUCACCAUGUUCGGAGAGAAGCUGAAGGGUGCUGACCCCGAGGAUGUUAUUCUUAGCUCCUUCAAAGUCCUGGACCCAGAGGGUACUGGAACCAUCAAGAAGGGAUUCCUUGAGGAGCUCCUGACCACUCAGUGCGACAGGUUCUCCAAGGAAGAGAUUAAGAACAUGUGGGCCGCCUUCCCCCCAGAUGUUGCUGGCAACGUAGACUACAAGAACAUCUGCUACGUCAUCACACACGGAGAGGAGAAGGAGGAGUAAAGAGAAAGCAAGAAGACACGAAAAGACAGCAAUCCCUUCGCUAUUCUGCCUUCCCUGCCCUUUUCUUUCCUCCUCGCUUCCUUUUUGUGUAAACCCAUGUGCUCAGCCGUUCAUGUUCGAACCAAAGACUUGUCACACCUACACAUGACAGGGCUGAUGCCCGUGGGGUGUCUAUGUUUGCUUAUGGGGAAUAGGGGUGAUUUUCAAUAAAAUUAUCCUGUAACAUCAUUUCUAUCCACAAGCUCCAAAACCUUUUCUUUCCUUGUAAUUAUCUUCUGUCUUCUCACCUCUACAUCUCUGUCUGCCCUGUCACUUCCUCCUCUGAGUUGUUUGUGUGAAUGAAACUUUUCACCCUGCUUCCUGUAGUAUCUGAGGAAAAGACAGGUUUAUUACUGAGAGGGGGCGCACAUAAAGUGGGAGGACCUCAUUCCAAAUUUUGAAGAUGUCCUCUUGGGUGGAGAAGGUGAGAGGACGAAGAGCAUUUGCAGGUUAGAAAGGAAAAAAGUUGUCUCCUUAAAGUGACGACAACUUUUUUCCGUGCAAAGUGGGAAAAAAACACUACUGAAGGAGGGGAGAGAAAGGGCCGAAAGAAAACAUUCAAAUCUUCGUUUUCUUUCCCUCCGCUCCUUCCUCCAUCCAUUAAAUCAUCUUUUUUUUCCAUAAGCUGUCUCGACCUCAGUGACCUUUCCUCUGUAAUGAAUAAAAGGGACAAACUGUGAAUAAAAUCUCUUUCGUUUUGUACAA